CUGCUUCUACUUAUAAGGCAUGGGAAUCUGAGGAUGCCUAGAUUCGAUCUGAGUUGUGGAAUAGUAUGGAAGAACAUAUUGCUAGCACGUUUGUUUUCUUAGAAAAUGCCAAAAAGGUAUGGACACAGGCUCAGGAGAUGUAUUCUGGUGUUAACAAUCUCCGUCUGACGUAUGAUCUUCAUCAGUCCUUCUUUUCUAUACCCCAGGGUGAUUUAUCUUUGGGGGCUUACUAUGCCAAAUUUCGCGGUAUUUGUGAGGAGCUCAAUAUUUGUGAGCCUAUUUCAUCUGACAUUCAAGUUGCUCGAUUUAUAUCUGGUGCAUCAUCCACCUAUGAUCCUGUUAGUCCUCAGCUCUUGGGGUCUCGAGAUUUACCUUCUCUUAGUGAGGUAUUUAGUCGCCUUCGUCAGUCUUUUGUAUCUGUGUCUACGCCUGCCCCCUCUCUUGAUCGCUUAGCAUUAGCUUUCGCUGUUUUUGGUAGUUUUGGCUCCUCCUUUAGCCGCGGCCGUGGUCGUGGCCAUGAUUCUGGGUUUACUGAUUGUGGUCGUGAUUCUGGAUUUAGUGGUUGUGGUUUUGGUCAAGGUGUUGAUGGUUGUGACUCUGGUUUUGGUGUUCAUGGAGGUCGCAUGUCAGGGGGAGGUGGUCAUGGUCGCGACUGUGAUUCCAAGUUGUGUACUUAUUGUUAGGGCACCAAUCAUACUGUGGAGUAUUGUUAUUAUCUUCAUGGGUUUUCUCGGGCUCAUCAGGUUGCGAUCUCUCAGGAUGCUGGACAGCUUACUCAUUCUUCUGCCAACAAUGUGGUGACUAUCUCUGCAGAGGAAUACCAACGCCUUAUGUCAAUUCAGUCUCCAGCUGCGGGUUUUUCCGCCACUGCUACGCUUGCUCACAUAGAAUCUCCAGAUGGGGAGGAAGAUUGGUGGUAGUGCUAAACGUUGGUCGUUGAAGUCAUUUCGUUGGUCGUU